AUGACUUAUGUGAGGUGCACAUUCCUUGAGCUAUGGCCGUUGCUUGUAACAAGAGUUCGACGGCGGCAGAAACGCACGCAGCCGUUUGCGGUAGGCUGGAGCUUGCAGCAGGGCCCCCAGAGCGGGCAGAAACGAGUAGAUGAGAGACGAGCAGCUGCGAGGGUGAUCCACCAUCUCGUGCUCGGAAUAGAGGAGGGGUGGGUGCCAUGGAGGGGAAGGAACUCAAUCGAGCUCUCGAGUCAGGAGUUGCGUACCAGGCUACCAGCGAAUGCAGCGCCCGAUGCAGCCGGCGUGGAUGGUCGUCUGCGGGCUGAGCUGCAAGGCCGUGGACCUGGACUUGGGGACCGCUCUGGGGGGGCUGUCUGUGACCAGCGGCGCAUCGCAGCACAAAGAGCAGUGCACCGCUCGAGGGUUGAGGGAGUCUGUGACAUGGCGUGGUGUCGCGUCAAGGUGCCCACGCUUAGCGCAAAGUGUGAGGUGGUCCAAGCAACGAGGCGAACGAUGCUGGUGCUGGUGCUGGCCCUGCUGGGUGCUGGUGACAGCAUGGCCCAUGGCCCAUGGGAACAGAAUGGGAAGAUCGGUUCAGUGCUGGUCUGGGCGGCACGGCGGCCUGAAUCCCGGAUGCUUGCAAGAAACGUGGAUUUUUUUGGCGCAGGUGCAACCUGCUGGCCGAUCUGUCACCUGCGAAUCUGCGAUGCACUGUGCCCCUCUUACCAAGAUGACAAUGCAAGGAAGUAG